UUUGCGUUGGCUUGGGAUAAGCGACAAGGUAAACCAGGCCGGACAUGAUGAUAGAUGAUGCGGUUAUGUGCCUCUCGAGGCAGUUGCCUUUGGAGCGUCAUAGUCGAAAUUGAAUAGCACGGCCUAGAUGAGAGGCAUGGGUACACACCUAUAUAACCAGCACAAUAUGUCCGUUCCAUCGUGGACAACUCUUGUAGAUCAAGUGCGAUCGAUAUCAGCAGAUUUCCGGAUCUAGCGAGACAUACCGUGCAAGACGUAAAGCGACAUUGAUGCUAUUCAGAGACCAUCCUUUACCACGUCAUGGAGCAAAAGCAAGCGGGAACACAACCCCCCGAAGGUCGAUAUAACAGCAAAGGGAACUCACAGCCAGAUAGCUCUCCUGCGAUAAGGCUGCCUGCUCGAGAGGAUGUGAGCAUGCUAGCGCUGCAUCGUCCAUGGGCGAAUCAACAACAUACUCUGGACGACAAGACGCAGAAGAGAUGCUGGGGGGGAGCGCAAACCGGCAGCAGUGACCCAUUAGCACGCUGGGUUGCUCAGCCGAUGAUAGACGACCCGUACCAAAAUGUGAGAUCUAUCAUAUGCAAGGCUCGAGGUGAACAAGUUAGGCCAUCCAGUAAUAAUUCACCAAAAGAUGAAACAACAAUAAGUGAAGCAGCCGCGACAUCCGGUUCGAGGUAGACCGCAUCUUUGAGGAUUAGGAGUGUUGGGAAUUUCAAGCUUGACUGUACAACAAA